AGGCUCCGGGAAGCGCAGCCAUGGCCUUGCGGAGGCUGGGGGCCGCGCUGCUGCUGCUGCCGCUGCUCGCCGCCGUGGAAGAAACACUGAUGGACUCCACUACAGCGACGGCUGAGCUGGGCUGGAUGGUGCAUCCCCCAUCUGGGUGGGAAGAGGUGAGCGGCUAUGAUGAGAACAUGAAUACCAUCCGCACGUACCAGGUGUGCAACGUCUUUGAGUCGAGCCAGAACAACUGGCUACGGACCAAAUUCAUCCGGCGCCGAGGCGCCCACCGCAUCCAUGUGGAGAUGAAGUUCUCCGUGCGAGACUGCAGCAGCAUCCCCAGCGUGCCUGGCUCCUGCAAGGAGACCUUCAACCUCUACUACUUCGAGGCUGACUAUGACUCAGCCACCAAAACCUUCCCCAACUGGAUGGAGAACCCGUGGGUGAAGGUGGACACCAUUGCAGCCGAUGAGAGCUUCUCCCAGGUGGACCUGGGCGGCCGCGUCAUGAAGAUCAACACUGAGGUGCGGAGCUUUGGGCCCGUGUCCCGUAACGGCUUCUACCUGGCCUUCCAGGACUACGGCGGCUGCAUGUCCCUCAUCGCAGUGCGAGUCUUUUACCGCAAGUGUCCCCGUGUCAUCCAGAAUGGUGCCGUCUUCCAGGAGACACUGUCGGGGGCCGAGAGCACAUCGUUGGUGGCUGCCCGGGGCAGCUGCAUCGCCAAUGCCGAAGAGGUGGACGUGCCCAUCAAGCUGUACUGUAACGGGGACGGCGAGUGGCUGGUGCCCAUUGGACGCUGCAUGUGCAAAGCGGGCUUUGAGGCCGUGGAGAAUGGCACUGUGUGCAGAGGUUGCCCGUCAGGAACCUUCAAGGCCAACCAAGGAGACGAGGCCUGCACCCACUGUCCCAUCAACAGCCGCACCACUUCUGAGGGCGCCACCAACUGUGUGUGCCGCAACGGUUACUACAGGGCAGACCUGGACCCCCUGGACAUGCCCUGCACAACCAUCCCCUCCGCACCCCAGGCGGUGAUCUCCAGUGUCAACGAGACCUCCCUCAUGCUGGAAUGGACCCCGCCCCGUGACUCGGGAGGUCGUGAGGAUCUCGUCUACAACAUCAUCUGCAAGAGCUGCGGCUCGGGCCGGGGUGCUUGCACCCGAUGCGGGGACAACGUGCAGUACGCACCCCGCCAACUGGGCCUGACUGAGCCACGCAUAUAUAUCAGCGACCUGCUGGCGCACACGCAGUACACCUUCGAGAUCCAGGCUGUGAAUGGUGUCACCGACCAGAGUCCCUUCUCGCCCCAGUUCGCCUCCGUGAACAUCACCACCAACCAAGCAGCACCGUCGGCCGUGUCCAUCAUGCACCAGGUGAGCCGCACUGUGGAUAGCAUCACCCUGUCAUGGUCCCAACCCGACCAGCCCAACGGUGUGAUCUUGGACUACGAGCUACAAUACUAUGAAAAGGAGCUCAGUGAGUACAACGCCACAGCCAUAAAAAGCCCCACCAACACGGUCACCGUGCAGGGCCUCAAAGCCGGCGCCAUCUAUGUCUUCCAGGUGCGGGCACGCACCGUGGCAGGCUACGGGCGCUACAGCGGCAAGAUGUACUUCCAGACCAUGACAGAAGCCGAGUACCAGACAAGCAUCCAGGAGAAGCUGCCUCUCAUCGUCGGUUCCUCAGCCGCUGGCCUGGUCUUCCUCAUCGCUGUGGUUGUCAUUGCCAUUGUGUGUAACAGAAGACGGGGGUUUGAGCGCGCCGACUCGGAGUACACGGACAAGCUGCAGCAUUACACCAGUGGCCACAUGACCCCAGGCAUGAAGAUCUACAUCGACCCUUUCACCUAUGAAGACCCCAACGAAGCAGUACGGGAGUUUGCCAAGGAAAUUGACAUCUCCUGCGUCAAAAUCGAGCAGGUGAUCGGAGCAGGGGAGUUUGGCGAGGUCUGCAGUGGCCACCUGAAGCUGCCAGGCAAGAGAGAGAUCUUUGUGGCCAUUAAGACACUCAAGUCGGGCUAUACUGAGAAGCAGCGCCGGGACUUCCUGAGCGAGGCGUCCAUCAUGGGCCAAUUCGACCACCCCAAUGUCAUCCACCUGGAAGGUGUUGUCACCAAGAGCACGCCUGUGAUGAUCAUCACCGAGUUCAUGGAGAAUGGCUCUCUGGACUCCUUCCUCAGGCAAAAUGAUGGGCAAUUCACGGUCAUCCAGCUGGUGGGCAUGUUGCGGGGCAUCGCGGCUGGCAUGAAGUACCUGGCAGACAUGAACUACGUACACCGCGACCUGGCCGCCCGCAACAUCCUCGUCAACAGUAACCUGGUGUGCAAGGUGUCCGACUUCGGGCUCUCGCGCUUCCUGGAGGAUGACACCUCUGACCCCACCUACACCAGCGCUCUGGGUGGGAAGAUCCCCAUCCGUUGGACAGCUCCGGAAGCCAUCCAGUACCGGAAGUUCACCUCAGCCAGCGAUGUGUGGAGCUACGGUAUUGUCAUGUGGGAAGUGAUGUCCUACGGGGAGCGGCCCUACUGGGACAUGACCAACCAGGACGUAAUCAACGCCAUUGAGCAGGACUACAGGCUGCCGCCACCCAUGGACUGCCCGAGUGCCCUGCACCAGCUCAUGCUGGACUGCUGGCAGAAGGAUCGUAACCACAGGCCCAAGUUUGGCCAGAUCGUCAACACGCUGGACAAGAUGAUCCGCAACCCCAACAGCCUCAAAGCCAUGGCGCCCCUGUCCUCUGGCAUCAACCUGCCUCUGCUGGAUCGCACGGUCCCCGACUACACCAGCUUCAACACAGUGGAUGAGUGGCUGGAGGCCAUCAAGAUGGGCCAGUACAAGGAGAGCUUCGCCAGCGCCGGUUUCACCUCCUUCGAUGUCGUGUCUCAGAUGAUGAUGGAGGACAUUCUCCGGGUUGGGGUUACCCUGGCUGGCCACCAGAAAAAAAUCCUCAACAGUAUCCAGGUGAUGCGGGCACAAAUGAACCAGAUCCAGUCUGUGGAGGUUUGACGUUCGCCUGCCUCGACUCGCCUCGCCUCUUCCUCCGGGCCGCCCUCUCCAUCCCCCACGCCGGCCCUCCUGGUGCUCUGUCCAUGGUAGGGUCAGCCACCUGCCAAGAGGCCACGGACAACAGGAAGAAUCACGCAGCGCUCCGGCCACAGGACGUCACCAA